AAGACAAUGAAUUAGACAGUUGGAAGCAAAAUUCUUAUCUUAUCGCAACUGUAUGUAUACAGCGGAGGCACCAAUCUGUAUACAAAGAGUAUUAAGAGAUACGUUCUCAGUUCUCGUCUAGCAGCGAUCGUGUGUGGACAUUUUGUGCAAAGUUGCAAUGUGAGGAGAGUUUGUGGUGUAAUUUGAGGUGGAAAUGGAUAAGACUUUACCCAAUAAUCCACGAGAAAGUGCUAAUUUCCUAUCGAGGAUCACCUUCUUUUGGAUGAUUGAUCUCUUUAAGCGUGGCUACCGCAAAUCCCUCGAACUCCAAGAUCUCUAUAAGCCCCUCACCACCGACCGAUCAGCCAUUCUUGGUGAUCGUCUUGAAGAAAAAUGGCAAGAUCAGCUGCGGAAAACAUCGUCGAGGCCGUCGCUUAUCAGAGCGAUAGCAAUCACGUUUUGGCGCGAGUACGUCUGUCUUGGGCUGAUUGUUGUGACGAAUGACUUCGUAAUAAGAUUGGGACAGCCACUCUUGCUUCGCAGGCUUUUACUCUAUUUUCGGAAUAACUCCGAUAUACCCCACACAGAGGCUAUCAUCUGUGCCAUUGGGAUUAUUCUACUCAAUGGACUCGGGGUCUUCACAUCCAAUCACAUCACCUUCCGUGGGUGCCACAAUGGGAUGAAGGUACGCGUGGCGGUGUGUAGUUUGGUCUACAGGAAAGCUCUACGCUUGUCUCGGGCAGCACUGGGGAAUGUGGCUCCAGGGAAGGUCGUUAAUCUCCUCUCCAACGACGUAAAUCGCUUCGACAUGGUGUCAGUAUUUGUAAACUGGCUGUGGUCAGCACCACUUUUAGCACUCACCAUUGGGUGCAUUCUUUAUGAACUUGUUGGAAUUCCUGGACUCGUUGGAAUAAUCAUCGUCCUCCUCGUCAUGCCAUUGCAAUCAUUUACAGGACGACUUGCAUCGAAAUAUCGCCUUCAGACAGCUCUAAAAACAGACGAAAGGGUUCGAUUUAUCGAUGAAGUUAUUUCUGGGGUGCAAGUAAUAAAAAUGUACGCUUGGGAGAAGCCAAUCUCAUCUAUAAUAUCAACAGCUCGCCGGUAUGAGUUGUCUGUUAUAAGAAAAUGUGCCAAUCUACGCGGAGUCUACAUGGCAUUUUCACUCUUCACUACGCGUCUUGCUCUUUUUGGGGCAAUGGUGACGAUGACGGUGUUUGGAUACGAAAUGACUGCAGCUAGAAUAUUUAUGAUUUCGGCUUACUACAAUAUUCUGGGGCACACAAUGUCCCAGAUGUUUGUUCGUGGAGUAGCUGAAAUUUCAGAAGCAAAAGUUUCCUUCAGACGUCUUCAGCAGUUUCUUGAACUUGAGGAGCACACACAGCCUAUUACCGAUGAAUCACCUUCUAUUGAAGAGACUGAUUCACUCCUGCAGACUGUUCUGCCGUCAGAAAAGAAAGAGAAUUUGGUGCUACCGGAAACUGUGGCAAUUUCCAUGAAAAAUGUUCGAUGUCGAUGGGAAAAUUCAAUUAAAUUUCUCAACAAUGAGAAAAUUUGGUUCAACAAUAAGAAUCAAUUAACAUUGUCCGAUAUUAAUUUAAAUAUCAAUGCUGGUUAUCUUGUUGGAGUUAUUGGAGCUGUGGGAUCAGGAAAGUCUUCCCUUAUUGAGGCACUUCUAAGAGAACUACCUCCUGAGUCAGGGACCAUUGCGGUGAAAGGAAGAGUUCUCUAUGUAUCUCAGAAUCCAUGGAUUUUCGCUGCAACUCUUCAACAAAAUAUACUAUUUGGUCAACCAAUGAGACAUGCUCGCUACCAACAAACUCUCUCAGCUUGUGCCUUAGUGGAUGAUCUUAAGCAAUUCCCGCAGGGAGAUAGGACUAUCAUCGGGGAGAGAGGAUCAUCCCUGUCAGGUGGUCAAAAGGCGCGUGUUAAUUUAGCACGUGCUGUCUAUCAGGAGGCUGAUAUCUACUUACUAGACGACCCACUUAGUGCUGUAGAUACGCACGUAGGACGACAACUCUUUGAUGAGGUUGUAGGACCAAAAGGACUACUUCGUCACUCAACUAGAAUUCUUGUAACUCAUCAAAUUCACUUUCUCAAAGAAGCUGAUUGGAUUGUCGAACUAAAAGAGGGAAAAAUCCGAAAGCAAGGACCCCCGUCGAUAAUUUUCGAAAACAACGAAGGAACUCUCCUUCUGGAAAAUCUUAAAAAUGAGAGAAAAACUAAAGAAUUGAACGGAGCUUUCAUGCAGCGUCCCAGUGAAAAGCUCCCAAGUUUAGAGUUGGAAAAAUCCUCAGAAGGAGUUGUCGAUGGAUCAAUAAUCCUCCAAUACUUACGAUCAGGAGCAUCCAUUUGUGUGCUCCUGAUCAUUGCAACACUCUUCAUACUGACCCAAAUAGUUGCCAGUACUUCAGAUUACUUCGUUGCAAACUGGACGCAUCAGGAGGAGUUUCACGAACCAACAAAUUUCUAUCUUAUCCUCAAUGGAAGCCUCGUGGGAUCAAUUUUCAUUUUGGCCAUCAUCCGAUCAAUUGGAUUCUACGAGGUGUGCAUAAAAGCUUCCCAAGAACUACAUAACGCCAUGUUCAAGGGGGUAAUCAGUGCAAAAAUGUACUUCUUCGAGACAAAUCCUUCCGGAAGGAUUCUCAAUCGUUUCUCACGAGAUUUGGGUUCAGUUGAUGAACUCCUGCCGAAAGUUCUUCUCGAUGCUAUUCAAAUGAUUCUUAGUAUAUGUGGAGCAAUUCUUGUUACGGCCACAGUUAAUCCUGUCUUCCUCAUACCGAUCGCCUUUCUCGGUAUUGUGUUUAUCACUGUGCGCCAAUGGUACCUGAAAUCCUCAAGGAAUAUCAAGAGACUGGAUGGAAUAACUAGAUCACCUGUUUUCACGCACCUAGCUGCCUCCCUUAGUGGGCUAUCAACAAUUCGUGCAUUCAAUACGGAAAAACGUCUUGUGGAUGAAUUUGAUUCCCUCCAGGAUGUUCAUUCAUCAGCCUGGUUCCUUUUUAUUUGCUGCACAAGUGCCUUUGGUCAGGUACUUGAUUUUCUUUGCGUCAUCUUCGUGGCAAUAGUUACAUUUACAUUUCUUAUAAUAGACAAUCAAAUGAUUGGCGACAAGAUUGGGCUAGCAAUCACGCAAUCUCUCGCCUUGACUGGACUCUUAGGUUGGGGAAUUCGCCAAAGUGCCGCUACCUCGAACGCUUUGAUGUCCGUUGAGCGGCUCUUGGAGUACAAGCAAUUGGAACCAGAAGUUGAACCAUUAAUUCCACUGAAGACAGGAAAAUUCUGGCCCGUUUAUGGGGAAAUUGUCUUCGAGGGUGUCACAUUUAAGUAUCACAAAGACGCCGAGCCUGUGCUCAAGAAUAUUUCCUUUAAGAUUGCCCCGAAGGAAAAGGUGGGAAUUGUGGGACGAACUGGUGCUGGAAAAACAUCCCUAAUUGGGGCUCUUUUUCGCAUGGCAAUUGUUGAGGGAAAAAUCACGAUCGAUGGGGCGGAUACAGCUAAUUUAUCGUUGCAUGAUUUAAGAUCGCACCUCUCAAUAAUCCCCCAGGAUCCGGUACUCUUUUCCGGCACCCUGAGAGACAAUCUCGACCCUUUUGGGGACUUUUCCGACGAUGAACUGUGGAAAGCACUCAAUGAGGUGGAGCUCAAGGGUAUUGCGGCGCACCAAAGUGGUCUCGAUAUGCCCGUAAAAGCGGGUGGAAAUAACUUCAGUGUUGGCCAGAGGCAACUGAUCUGCCUCGCACGGGCUAUUCUACGGAAUAAUAGAAUUUUAGUUCUCGACGAAGCCACUGCCAAUGUUGAUCCACACACAGAUGCCCUUAUUCAGAGGACAAUCAAGGAACGCUUCAAAACCUGCACGGUUCUCACGAUCGCGCACCGUCUCAACACCAUCAUGGAUUCCGAUCGUGUUCUUGUGAUGCACAAUGGGGUUGUGGCUGAAUUUGCGAGUCCCAGUGAUCUUCUCAAAAAUUCCAACAGUAUUUUCUCAAAAUUGCACAGCAAGUGCUAAACAAACAAAAAGUGAUCAAAGUGAUGCAGCUUGAACUUGCCUAUCUGCAUGCUCCUCAUAUUUUAUAUAUAGGAUAUAUAACUAUAAUAAAAAAAAAGUCAUUGAAAAGCAAUUA